AUGCCUAUGGAACUGCUUGAGGACGGCUGGUUGAGGCAACCUGAUCCUGAACAGAUUGGUACUCGAUGCAUGCCAGGAAUCCCUCGGGAAGAACCAACCGCCUUGAUUAGGAAAUUCGCAAACUUUUCAACUUACGCUUAUCAAGACAAAUUGAAUUACGCAGGGUACAAGAAUAUACCUGUGUCUUACCUGUUCUGUGAACGCGACCAAGUUCUUCCGCCUUCACUUCAACAGGAGGGUAUCGACACCGUGGAGAAAGUUUCUGGGAACAAGGUCCAUGUGACCAGAAUCCAAGGCGAUCACUGUCCUAAUUGGACAUCAGAAGCCGAGGUUCUCAAUUGGAUAGUUGAUAUGUCCCACAGAUCGACUGUGUAG